UCCUCUUGUCAAGAAUGUCAUAAGCCUUCGUCAUGACUCCAUUUCCAACUACUUCGUCAUCGUCCACCCACCUCAAUAAACAUAUCUGAGCCAAUCUCUCACUCCCUCUUCCCAAAUCCGAAAAGUCAAUUACUCACCGUUCACACACGUGCUUACAUUCGACUCUAGAGUUAAGAAGAUGCCGCCACUUGCCUGCGUCGCUGGGUGGUUUCGUAUAUAUUUCUAGGAUCCCCGACCACCUUUAUAGCAUUUCGUGACAUGUCAUGAGCGGAAAUGCAUACGUACGAAGAACAACUGGCCUCAUCUAGUGGCGGUAACUCUGAACUUGCUACUGAGCGGAUCAACAGUGAAGGUAUUUCUAUCACCCUUCGCCCUGUCAAAUAUGUGUUGUGGUGAACUGACAUGGCGAAGGCAUCAACGCUGGGUCCCCCAAUGAUUGUGUGAAGAUGAAACCACCCACUAUGAUUCUUGAGAAUCACAAUGCCACAAAGCCCACCCGUCGCACCCAGACCGACCCCCACCCAUGCAACCUCACGAAGCUAAGAUCUGGUUCCGUGACCGACCAGUAUGGCGAGGCAUGCGAAGGCGGGCUCUAUCGGCCAGCACAGCCCAACGUCGUUAAAGUCAAAAACGCCGGCACGCAGACGGAAAUUACGGAUUGGGACGACGGCAGCGAUGGCGAUCAGUUCGCCAUUCUAACAGAUGAGGAGGAUGAGGGAGUCCAGAUCGAAGAGGUCGAGUUCGCCAGUCGCCGGAAUAGCAUAGGGAAUCUUGGAUUAGGCGCCGCUGGGGACGAGCCGGUUGGGGGAGUGCCUGCAACAGUUAUGGAUGUGCUUGAUGGAAUCAAUGCCGAAUACGAGAUUGUGGUCGACGCGAAUGCAGAGAACUUGGAUUUUCUGCUGGAAGAACAGUCGGGAAGCGGAAUUCCGACGCAGCCAUGUCAGGGGCAUUGCCGCCGAAUGGAAAAAGGAAGGUCAAAGAGGCACUCGUGGAAUUGGAGGAUGAGGCAGCUGGGCAGCAGCCGGCCAUGAAGAAGAAAAUUUUCUGAGGCAAAGGUUAGAAUAAGUAUAUUUAUAUAAGUUAUGUUAGAAUUAGAUGGUGGUGGCCGG